UUGUAGGUAGCCUGUCAGCUGCCUGUAUCGUUCUACAAGCUACUUGCAGCUGUCGAGCCAUUAGGCUCCUUGAAACGUGCUGGUCAGAGUCCAUGUUUUUAGCCCGCUCAUUGUUGAAGAUGUCGAGUCACAAUCCCCUGUUGAGGCUGGAGCAGCGAGCGGCUGAGGCUGACCAGAUCAUCGAAUACCUCAAACAGCAAGUCCAGCUCCUGAAGGAGAAAGCCAUUGUGCAGGCCAGCGUCAGGGAGGAGAAGAAACUGAUGGUGGAGAAUGUGAAGCUGAAGAACGACAUCGAGGAACUGAAAAAACAGCUGCUGGAGAAGGAAAAAAGAAGAGGAGUGAUGGACGUCCCCAUGCCGUCGGGGGAGGCCAGUGUUCAGUGCAGUUCGAAGGCCGCUGCUCCUAAAGCUCCGGCACCUUCGGCCUCCCCGGCCGCGCCUGUCCAGACGGCCGCUCCCAAAGAUGGGGCUCAAAAUAAGAAGCCUGAGAAAAAAGGCGAGAAAGGAGAGAAGAAGCAGGCGGCUCCCAGCCAAGAGGACGCCAAGGUGGACGUGUCCCGCCUCGACCUGCGGAUCGGACAGAUCCUCUCUGCCGAGAAGCACCCGGACGCCGACAGCCUGUACGUGGAGCAGAUCAACGUGGGGGAGGCUUCUCCCAGGACGGUGGUCAGCGGGCUGGUCAAGCACAUACCGCUGGACAAGAUGCAGAACCGAAUGGUGGUGCUCCUCUGUAACCUGAAGCCCGCCAAGAUGAGAGGCGUCGUCUCCCAGGCCAUGGUCAUGUGUGCCAGCUCCCCAGACAAAGUCGAGAUCCUUGAUCCUCCGAGCGGAGCCGCGCCAGGAGACCGAGUCACUUUCCAGGGCUUCCCAGGUGAACCCGACAAAGAGCUGAAUCCCAAGAAGAAGGUGUGGGAGCAGGUCCAGCCCGACCUGCGCACGGACGGCCAGUGUGUCGCAACCUACAAAGGAGCUGCCUUUGAAGUCGCCGGCAAGGGAGUGUGCAAAGCCCAGACCAUGAGCAACAGUGGAAUCAAAUAAAAUCACAGCGCAGCUUUAAAUAGUUCGGUGUUUACCUGGAAAUUACGUCCAGCGGCCGCGGUCGGGGCGAGAAACGACAUGAAUGGAAGAGAGUGCUUUGAAGAUGUUCAAUAAAAUGAUUUGAGACUGAUCUGUUCUUUUUUCACGUCUUUUCUGAGAAGCGGUCAUUGGGCUGUUGCCUUUAAAUUAAACAUAAUCUCA